AUGGCCGAGUCCAAAGCUGAAGAGAGGAUAUCAAGUGAGCGCUCGAUGGGCACUCGAGCAGAGGAUAACACGCCCGAGGGCGAAUCAGACAAGUUGAAAAUGACGGACGGGAUAAUUCUUGAUUUGGCGGCGAAUCAAGAGCUUCAGAGAUUUCAGGAAGAAGGCGAUUUGGACGAGAUUUUGACGAGAAUGGAGCGGGAAAGUGGCAUUUCUUCCACCAACACAAACAGUUUGGAGAAUACGAGGCCGAACACGCCCGAGGGCAGAUCAGAAAAAGUAAUACUCGAAGAAUUCAAUUUCCAAAAAGAAAAUAUGACAAAAUCAAAGCUGGAGAACACCUCUUCUCGAGCGCUAGAACUGGACCUGGCGCAUACAAAAGAUCGACUUGCUGCGAAAGAAAAAGAAGUUGAAGGUCUCUACAAACAAAUUCUGAACCAAGACAAGGCUUUUGCCGAGGCUUAUCGGGAGCAAGAAGCAUCAUUUCGAGAGCGAGAAGAAAAGCUGAUCGUCAAGCUUUUUGAUGAGGUAAAGAAUCAGACCGACCAGCGGAUCGAGCAACAGAGAAAAAUCGGUGAACAAGAAGAGCGAAUUCGAAAUUUGGAGAGACAACUUGAGCUGUACCGGAGAAACGAGCAAUCGCAUUAUGAAAAUGAUAUGAUUUCGAACUAG